AGCGCCGCAGCAGCCGACCGCGCCAUCCCCACGCUCCCCACCACGCCCGGCCGGGCGGAAAGAGCUUGCAAGCUCUCGCAACAGGCUGCCGAAUGGAGGCCGCCGCACCGCCGCCGACGGGCGCCGCGGCGGCGGCGCCCUCCAGCAGGCCACCGGCGGGGGGCCUGGCGGCCUGGGCGGCGUGGGGCGGCGCUGGCGCGGUGGCGGCGGCCGUGUCGAGGCGUUCCCGGCGCCGAGUCGCCGCGACGGCGCGCGCCGCGGCCGCGGGGACCAUGGAACGGCAGUUGGAGGAGGGCGCGCUGCCUGGCCGCGCCGCGCUGCUCCGCGGCCUCGGCGCCUCGUGCGCCGGCGCGGUGGCGCUGGGCGGCAGGGCGCCGGAGGCGCUGGCGCUGUCGACGGAGGAGGCCCUCGCCUCGGCCAAGACCUACGGGGUGCCCGACCUGCUGCCCGCGGACACGAGCUCGAAGCUGCCAGACGGCUGGCGCGUGGCUGUCGAGCCCAUAGGCCUGGCGAAGGACGCCAGCUACGGCCGCUUCGACCUCGGCGGCGAGCCCCUCCUCGUGGAGUUCUACGUGCCAGGCGGCUGGAUCGUAUCCAGGCCCAACUUCGACUACAACGGCUCCGCGGGCACCGUGCAGGCGAACGACUAUGGCAAGGGCGACUCUGCUACUUUGUGGGUUGACACCAAGCCAAAGGUGCCGCUGGCGGAGAUGAAGAAAAAGGAUUACCUUAGGGAGCUGAAGAAGCGCGCGCCGCCGGGAUGGCCCUCCGGGCUGCCGGCCGGCAUGUCGACCCACUCCCUGCGGCAGUUGGGGAUCGGGAGCCUCAAGAGGGUCUACAAGUUGGAUCCGCCGGCGCUGGUCAAGGCGCUCCAGGACGCCGCGGCACGGCGCAUCGUCGACCGCCAGCUGUGGGACGCGCUGCUGUAUCGGGCUGCCCUGCUGCGGUCCGAGAUGAAGCCCAUGGACCUGGCGCUGGUGGCCGACGCGCUCGGGAAGAGCCGCCACAGGGACGUUGGCUUCAUGGAGCACCUCCUGGAGGAGGUGCGGACGAAGACCCGUCGAUUUCUUGUGUACGAUGUUGCUCUAUUGACGAACGCAUUCGCCAAGCUGACCAUUAGGGACGAAUUGCUCAGCAGGUCACUGCUGCCGCCGCUGCUGCGUCGCAUCCGAGAUCAGACGCGGGCGGACAACCUGGCUUUGUUAGCGCUCGCGUAUGCCAGGCUCAAUGACUCUUCUCGUGAGCCGGUCUUCGACCGCGUCGUCGCGGUGCUUACGCCGCGCGUGAAUUCGAUCAGAGACGGGCAUACAUUGUCCACUUUGCUCUGUGCCUUCACGCUGCCUGCGCAGCACGACCAGGAAGCCACUGCAGGAUCCAUGUUCCGCCUGGAGGGGCUUAGCCAGGGGCCCGAGGACGACGGUGCGCCAGAUUCGGUGGAGGACGAAGAGCCCGGGGGGCUGCCUCACCUUCCAUUCGUUGAGGCGUUGUUGGCCCAGUGUGACCAGAGCUUGUUCUCCUUCCGGAGCAACGAUCUCCUUCACCUCUGCCUGGCGCUGGCGUCACUGGCGCGCCAGGGCCGCGCGGACCUCGUCCAGCCGCGCCUGCUGCGCCGGGUGGCCAAGCGGGCCGAGCUGGUGCACCACGAGUUCAUGCCUGCGCAGUCGGUGCGGCUUCUGGAGAUGCUCUGCCACCUGCCCGAGCUCGAGGCGCAGUGCGCGCCGAGGCUCCUCGACGAGGUUGCCUACCGCAUUCGCUCGGCCACUGCGCAGUCGUGCCUCGCCACGCUCAAGGUCGUCCAGAGGCUCGGCGGGCACGCGAGGGCACACUCCGCGGCCUGCUGGCGCCUCUGCAGCCCCGAAGCCGCAGCCAUGCUCUCCGCGGAGGAGGUCUGCGAGGCGGCCGAGGUGCUCGCCGCCCUGCGGCCCCACCCGUGGGAGGCCCGGGAGGCGCUCCUGGGGCUGCUGCAGAGCAUGUCCCAGCGGCAGCUGCAGCCGGAGGCGGGGCAGCUCUGCCGCAUGCUGCGCGCCUUCGGGGAGGCCGGCGUGCGCGACACGCACUGGUUCCACGUGUGCCAGAAGCUGUGCGUGGAGGACCUCUCCACGGCCUCGGAGGCCACGGCGCCCCCGGCGCGGCCGCCCGAGGACGAGCCCCUCGGCGAGCAGGCGCUGGCGGACGCGGCGCUGGCGCUCGCGCGCCUCAACCUGCCGCGCCUGGCCGACGCCGCCCUGAUCUUCGAGAGGGCCGCCGCCGCGGUGAGGUCGGCGCGCGCCGCGGCCACCGCGCUGGAGGUGCGGGCCCCAGGCGGCGGGCCCUGCCUCUUUCCGUUCGCGGGGGACGCGGCGGCCGUGGGGCAGCCGGACGCCGUUGCCGCCUGGCAGGCCGCGCUGGCAGCCCCCUGCGGGGGCCCAGGCGCUGACGCGGACGACUUCGAGCUGGCGGUCGGCAGGGAGCUCUCCACGUGGGCCGGCGUGAGCCCGUCGCGGCCGGUGCAGGUUGGGCCCGUGCGGGUGCCUUUCGCCCUGAGCCUUGUGGAGCUCGCCGAGCACCUGCAGAGCCGCCCGCUGGACGGCCCCGCGGAGGGCGACUUCUACCACGCCUCCGGCCAGCUGCGGGGCGCCAGGCAGCGCGCCAAGGGCAGGGUGCUCGGCGCCCGGCGCUACGCGGAGCUCUCCCUGCUGCGGCUGCGCGGCUGGCAGGUGUGCGCCGUGCCAGAGCACCUCUGGAACCGCGGGCUCGCCGACGGCGCGGAG